AUGAAAAAACCACCUAAAAUCAGAGUACGGACCGGCUCCUGGACCGAGUGUGGUGACGAGGUGGCCAGGCAGGUCGAGAAACAGAACUUCCCCAAUAGGAUUGAUUUUUUGGUGCCGAAAAACGUGUUUGUGAGCAAGAACAUCGAGGCCAGACUCGCCGAUCUGAAAUACGGCUAUGGCAUUGUAGACUGCUCGCUGCACACAAUACUGCAGAGCUUUGUGAAACAGGCGUCGCAAAUUGACAUUGGAAGUAUCCAGAUGGUUUCUGUUGCCCAGCAUGCUGAGCAUGAGGACACGGUUUCUCUGAUACGAGGCAUUCUGACGCUUCGCCUCACCGCAGAAUCCUACUACAAAUCUGGACUUAAGGGCGUACGUUCGGCUCUUUCACAGGGAAAUAAAAACAUCAGACAGCAGCUAUUUGUGGUGCAGCUCGAUCUGAGCCAGCUGGCGACGGAAGACAGAAACUCGCUUCGACUCUUCUGGUUCGCGGAAAAAUACCAGAAACCGCUCCGAUUCGCAGUGGUUGGAGACUUGCAGCUCGAGGGAGUGCGCAAGGUUGUUGUUCAGCCCACUGUGAGUAGACUGGGCCGACUGUGCAUGCCUAGCCUGGUUCCGCUGGACGACGAGGAGUGGCUGUCCACGACGCUUGAAUGGCUAGCAUAUGCGUCCAUCAACGGCCCGCAGCUCUCUCCUUUCGACAGAACGGACGCCAACGUCUCGACCUACCGCGAAACCGUGGACCUAAACAAUGAGGAGGAAAUUUAUAGAGUGUCUGUGAGCGGUCUGGUGUCUACGUCGACGGCAGAGCAGCUGCUGCAAUUGAUCGACACAAGCUGGAUAGCCAUGCUAAAAUACGGCGUGCAAGACUCCAACGUUGGUUUUGGCAGGUCAGAGCACAUUCCAGGGCCAAACGUCCAGGCAUUGCUAAAAAACGGCGACGCAUUUGCUCUGUGGCAUCAAUCGCGUUGA